AUAGGGCCAAUCGUACGGGAAAUAAACCACCCGUUAGACUUAGCAUUUUACAAUGUUGAAUACCUCAAUUAUUUUAAUGGGUCUCAGAUAAAUAUCGACGGGACUUUUCGGUUUACACCGAAGUUCAAGCGUCAACACCUCCAGCCGUAUCAACAUCUCAUUAUUUCAAGUGAUAUUAAUGGGAAGAUUUUUCCUGCUGUUUAUGUACUGAUGCCUAACAAAAAAGAAGCUACGUAUAAAAGUGUACUUACGGAGGUGAAAAAUUCAAUUGUACCGAACUGGCAACCACAAUUUGUAAUUUCAGAUUGGGAAACUGGAUUAAGGAAUGCGGUCCAGGAAUUAUAUCCCGAUACUUCAUUGGUUGGAUAUUUCAUAGAAAUCUAA